AAAAGUACCAUGUCAACGUGUCCCAGCUUUCCUUUCACACGUGUGUACGAUGAACCAAGCCAACAAGCCCCGCUCCCUCAUCCCCCUUUCUAUUCUAUUCUCUUCCACCGCUUCAUUUCUUCGAAUCAAACUUCUCAUCGCACGCCACAGGGACCUGUGAAAUUCUGGCAAGGUUCUUGCAUCAUCACAAUCUGUCGAAUCUAGAUAUGGAAGAAAAAUCUACAAUCUCUCUUAAAAUCAAGGCUGAGGAUAAAAGACCAGGUGAUAAGAAGGAAGACAAGACUGAGGUAGAAGUGAAGGUGAAGAACAAAUCACUAGAGAAAGAGAUUAAAGAUAAGGAUGAACAUAAAGAAAACAAUUUAGAAGCUAACAGUAGGGAUCGUGAAGAGAAAAAACAGAAGGAGAAGGAGGAAAAGGACAAGAAGAAAAAGGAAAAGAAAGAAAAAGAUGAUAAAGGUAGCUCAAACAAGAUGAAAGAGAAAAAAAAAGAUGGGAAGGACAGUGAAGAGGAGACGAACAAGAAAGAAAAAGAGAAGAAAAAGGAAAAGAAGGGAAAAGAUGAAGAAGUAGACACAGAGAACAAAAAGGAAGAAGACAAUGAAGGAGAGGAUGGUGAUGACAAGGAGGAAAAGAUGGAUAAAAAGAAGAAAAAGGAAAAGGACAAGGAUGAAAAAGUUAAAACAAAGAAGGGCAAGGGAAAAGAAGAUGGAGGAGAGGAUGGUGAAGAGAAGAAGCAAGAAAAGAAAAAGGAAAAUUACAACAAGGAUGAAGAACCAUUGAAGGAAAAGGGAAAAGUGGAUGAUGGUGAUGAUCAUGAAGAGAAUAAGAAGAAGAAUAAGGAUAAGAAAGAAAAAGAGGAGGAGAAAAAACAGGAAAAGAAUGACAAGGAUGAGAAAAUCAAGCUAGAGAAGGAUGACAUAAAAACUGUUGAAGGAGAAGAUGGAGACGAGAAGAAGAAAAAGAAGGAUAAGAAGAAAAGGGAGGAGGAGGAUAAGGGGAAGGAUUAUGACAAAGAUGGGAUGAAAGUAACAAGAAGGAAAGAGAAGAAAUCUGAAGAGAUGGUGGAUAAGGAACAUGGCAAAAGUGAGGUUGCUUCAAGGGAAGUGGAUGGACCAAAAAAUGAGGACAAAGAGGUGGAAGAUGAGCAAAAAGAUGAUGCAAAGGAAAUCAAAGAGAAGAAGAACAAAGAAGACAAGGACAAAAGUGGAAAGAAGAGAAAACUAACUGGGAAGGACAAGUCCAAGGAUCUCAACAAGUUGAAGCAAAAACUUGAAAAGAUUAAUGAAAAAAUAGAAGCACUUCUUGAGCAAAAGGCAGACAUAGAGAGACAGAUCAAAGAAGCUGAAAAAGAAGGUAAUGAAGUCAUGGAUAAGGCCAAGGAUGUGGUAUAGUAGCCGUUUAGUAUAUGCUUUAAUAGAUGGA